UGAAAGCUGAAAAGUUUUCUGGACUUUGAAGAGGCUGCUACGUUGCCGAUAAAUAGGAGAGUUAUAUUGCCUAUCUAUUGCUUCUUGAAGACGGAUCUUUUUACUUUUCAAUCUUUAACUAGAUUCAAAUGCCCAUGAGAUGGGUUACUGUCGUGCCUAACUGGAUUGCGAGACUUAUGACUUGUGUUUUUGUGGCAGCCAUCUUGGCCUAUCCAGGAGGAAGAAAUUAAAUCAAUCUGUAGUUUUCUAGUUUUUGGAUAUUAUCAUCGCCAUAUCAUCAAAAGCAUAGCUGGAAACUCGUACGUAUCUAAAAAGUUAAAGACAAGGCUUCAGGUGACGUGACUUUGCUUGUCAAAAAAGAAAAAAUGAGGUUAUUAUUGAUAACGAUGGGGAGUGCUUUACUCACUUCAGCAGCCAUUGCCAAUGCAUUUGUCCAGAAAAGGCAAUUCUAUCCAGCUGUUGUUUAUAUUACAAAGUCAAACCCAAGCAUGGCGGUUUUGUAUAUUCAAGCAUUUGUUGUGGUAAUGCUUUUGGGAAAAAUGAUGCGGAAAGUGUUCUUUGGACAACUGAGAGCUGCAGAAAUGGAGCAUCUGAUGGAAAGAUCAUGGUAUGCAGUCACAGAAACCUGCUUGGCUUUUACUGUGUUCAGGGAUGAUUUUAGUCCAAAAUUUGUCUCCCUUUUCACACUCUUAUUAUUUUUAAAAGGAUUUCAUUGGUUGGCUGAGGAUAGAAUUGAUUAUAUGGAAAGAAGUCCAGUUAUCACAUUCAAGUUUCACAUCAGAGCUAUAGCUCUGCUGUUUUUCCUUGGUCUUGCUGAUGCAGUGUUGAUUCACCAUGCCUUCAGGAGUACAGUACAAAAUGGUGCAACUGUUCAGCUUGUGUUUGGCUUUGAGUAUGCCAUUCUGUUGACAAUGGUUGUUACCACCAUUAUGAAGUAUGUCCUGCAUACAAUUGACCUGAACAGGGAGAACCCUUGGGAAAACAAGACUGUAUAUCUUCUAUACACAGAGCUAAUUACAGGUUUCUUCAAAACACUUCUUUACGUAGUUUUUGUCAUCAUCAUGAUCAAGAUCCACACUUUCCCUCUUUUUGCAAUACGGCCAAUGUACUUAACUUUAAGGGCGUUCAAGAAGUCAGUUUCAGAUGUUGUUUUGUCUCGAAGAGCAAUUGCAUACAUGAACAAUUACUAUCCCGAUGCCACAGAAGAGUUGUUAUCUCAACAUGACAACGUUUGCAUCAUUUGUCGCGAGGAAAUGACCUCUGGCAAAAAACUUCCGUGCAAUCACAUCUUCCACGCUCACUGCCUGCGAUCAUGGUUCCAAAGACAACAAUCUUGUCCCACGUGCAGAAUGGAUGUUCUUAGACCUAUAGAGCAGCAGCAACAGCAGCAACAACAGCAAAGAAGGCAGGCUGAAGCGCAAGCUGCACAGCCGCCUCCACCGCAACCUGGGUUCCAUCCAAACGUCCCAGGUUUCGUCGGAAUGCCGCCGCCUCCGCCAUUUCCCAUGUGGAAUCCUGCUAUGCCACAAGCACCAAACCAGCCUCCAGCUCCUCCACCGACUACGGCGGGUUCAACGCCUGCCUCAGCAACUACCACAUCUCAAGGACCAUCGGCAACAGCUGCUCAGGCUCAAGAAAUACCUGGAUUUUUACCUCCCCCGCCUUUUAUGGCUGGGGCACCUUUCAUGCCACCUUUUAUGGCAAUGCCAGGUAUGCCUUCACCGUUGCCACCACAACUUUUCAUGAGCCCCCUAGAAAAUCUUUCAACGCUUUCAGAAGAAGAGCUCCGUAACAUGGAGGGUCAAGAAAGAGCCAAUGUCGAAGCCAGGAUCAAAGUCUUAAGAAACGUGCAUUCAUUGCUAGAUGCUGCUAUUGUCCAAUUGAACCAAUACUCCCAAGUUAUUACAACACUUAACUUACUUUCGAAACCAGAAGAACCAGAUUCUAAUGUUGCUAGAAAGGAAGAAGAUCGACAAUCUAAUAAUUCUGAUGCGAUGAAUGAUUUGCUUGAAAACAUCGACACAGAGGCAUCGAACCAACCUAAAAGUGACGCGGACGUUGAUAAUAGUUCUGAACUGAGAAGACGACGACUAGAAAGAUUUUCCUCACAGAACAGUGAAAAUCUCGACGCCAAAGAUACAGAUGCGUCGGAGACGGGCAAAGCAGGAUUAGGUACUAAUACCUAGUAUGUAAUGAAUUAUUUAUGAAUUUAUUUGUUUCGAUGAGGUACAUUAGUAAGCCUAUUAUCCUUUCUAUGUUUUGGUUGCAGGGCUUCAAAUAAUACCUAACUGACAAAUAUUUCGUAGUAUAACAAUUAGAUCAGUACGCAUGAUAUCCUUUUGAUAUGCUAUUAAAUGAAGGGAUGAAGUGCUUUAGAUUUCAAAAAAUUAUUAUCUUUAUGUGUAGCAGUAUGUGCAAUACAGAACAAUGAAAUUAUGAAAGAUUGAAAA